AUGUCUUUAAACGUUGCUCGGUUCAACAAGGAUAAUUUACUGGACGAUUCAGAUGAUGAGUUUGGAGAGAUUUUGCUAUAUUUUGCUUGCGAGGAAUAUAAUCAAUUAUAUCUAUCUAAACAACCUUGUAGAAAUUCAGCUCUUUCAGGCCAUGAAUACGUUAUGGAAGUGUUGCAUGAGCAUUGGAGUAGGUGUUAUGAUUUGUUCAGAAUGAACAAAGAUGUCUUCAAACUAUUUUGUGGUGUUCUAAAAGAAUUUUUUUUAUUGAAGAACUCACGAUAUCUGUCUGUUGAAGAACAAGUGGCUAUGUUCUUAUUUGUGAUUGGCCAUAAUGAACGACAUCGUGUGAAUUGUGUUGGAGCUAUAGAUGUGACUCAUAUUUCUGCGCAUGUUCCAAUUGAUGAACAAAUACCAUAUCGAGGUCGAAAAGUGGAUACAACUCAGAACGUUAUGUGUGUAUGUUCAUUUGACAUGAAGUUCACAUACAUUGUCCCUGGAUGGGAAGGAUCAGCUAAUGAUGCACGGAUUUUUCUAGAAUGUGCCAAAAACCCAGAUUAUGGAUUUCCAAUGCCGCCCCAAGGAAAAUAUUAUCUUGUUGAUUCUGGUUAUACAAACAUGCCUGGUUUUCUUUCGCCAUACUGA